CAGACAGCUUUCGCUGGCCAGGAGUCGUCCAAGCAGCCUUCCAUGUUAAGCGUCUGCUCCCGGCUUUCUGAGUAUCCUGGAUUGACGUGGAUGGGGGCUAGGUUCUGUUUUGGACACCAUUAGUUAAAGGCUUUUGGCUGUUUCCCGGGGGUCCUGCGGCAAAGGGACUUAAUCCUGUCCUCUGGGAGUAUAAAGUGAGGAGGCCUCGUCCCUGUAGAGCUCCAAGUGGGGAGCACUCAGUCUGGUUCUUAAUCUGGGGUGAGGGAUCUGGCCCCUGUCCCAAGGGGCCCAGGGUAAGGAGGGCUCAGCCCCAGUCCUGGGGUGCUUGUGAUGAGGGUACCUGUCCCUGUCCCAAAGAACUCGGUGUUUAGGGAAUUUGGUCCUGUUUCAGGGAUUCCAGGAUUGGAGGAGGGAGGCUGUCUAGAGGAACAGGGUGCAUGAGAUACGACCCCUUCCCAGGAUGAGACAGGCACGACUCCUUAGGGCAGCAAGAGUUGCAGACGAGACAACAAGCAGGAUGGAGCAUUACCGAAAAGCUGGCUCUGUAGAGCUCCCAUCACCUUCCCCAAUGCCCCAGCUACCUCCUGAUACCCUUGAGAUGCGGGUCCGAGAUGGCAGCAAAAUUCGAAACCUGCUGGGGCUGGCGCUGGGUCGGUUGGAGGGCGGCUGUGCACGGCACGUUGUGUUCUCAGGUUCUGGCAGGGCUGCAGGAAAGGCUGUCAGCUGCGCUGAGAUUGUCAAGCGGCGGGUCCCAGGUCUCCACCAGCUCACCAAGCUGCGUUUCCUGCAGACUGAGGACAGCUGGGUCCCAACCUCACCUGACACAGGCCUAGACCCGCUCACAGUGCGCCGCCAUGUGCCUGCAGUGUGGGUACUGCUCAGCAGGGACCCCCUGGACCCCAGUGAGUGUGGCUAUCAACCCCCAGGGGCACCUCCUGGCCUGGGCUCUGUGCCAAGCUCCAGCUGUGGCCCCCGACCGCGAAGAAAGGCUAGAGACACCCGGUCCUGAAGACCUGCUGAGCCAGGCUGUUCUCCAGACCUGAAUGUCUAGGAUGGAGGUGCCUUUUCUGAGAAGCCCUGGACUGCUCAACAUUCCCAUCAAAACUCAAGUCUACAGAAGUGGGUCUCCAUGUCCUGCUUCCCCUUCCUUCUGGCACGUGGAAAGGGACUGCUAUGAAGAGUGACAGGUGUGGGAUUUCUGCCAAAUUCUGGAUUGCAUAAGAGGGGUUUAUUCUUCCUUCUACCUACAGUGUGUCUGAUCUACCUUCCAACAGAGUCUAGAGGGGGAGUUAGGAAAUAAAGCUUUUGCCCAUUUGAUGAGCUUCU